UGUUUGAUUGUUGUUGUUAUUAUGAUGGGCAAACUAAUUUAAUUCUUAUGGCGAGUAGAUUAUGUUGUAAAUGUGAAAAGAGUUUUUGAAUACAUAUAACUAUAGCUUUUUUUUUUACAAUUUUAAUGAUAAAUAUGUUUAAAAGAAAAACUACUCUUCCUGCCAGACCACCUAUUCCAAGUAAAGAUGAAAUCAUUGAUGAUCUAACUCAAGCGACACCAGAUGAUGUAGUAUUUAAAAUAGAUCCAAAAGAUAAAUUAUUUAUUUUAGAUGCCCAUGACAUCAAUGAUUUGCCUGAAGAUCUUAAUGAUUCUGGUUUGAAAGAUCAAACAGAAUUCCUUGAUCCUCAUCAAGCAUAUAUAAAGGUUGCCAGUUUUAUGGAAAAAAUGAAUCAUUUGGAAAAGCAUUUAAGUGAAUUAGAAAAAAACAAGAAUAAUCUUAAAAUUCUGGAAGAAAAUCUUUUGUCAGAUAUAACUAAAGUAGAAGAGGAGUUUAAAAAACGAUCAGAAACAUAGCAAGAAAACUGAUUUUUUUUAUAUUUUAAAUAAAUAAUUUAAAUUUUGUU